CGGGUUCGAGUCCCGCGUCUGCCCGCACCGUUCUGCUCCCCUCCCGCCCUCUUCGCCGGGCCCCGCUGGCCGCGGAGAUGGGUGACAUGGAGUCCUACAAGGUGAUGCUGAACGGGCCGGCACCAUGGGGCUUCAGGCUGCAGGGAGGCAAGGAUUUCAGCAUGCCACUCUCCAUCUCCAGGCUGACUCCGGGCGGAAAGGCGGCCCAGGCUGGUGUGGGAGUGGGUGACUGGGUGCUGUACAUCGACGGGGAGAGCACCAGUGCCAUGACACACAUCGAGGCCCAGAACAGGAUCCGYGCCUGCGGGGACAGGCUCUGCCUCACCCUGAGCAGGGCCCAGAACCAGCUGGGGAAAUCGCAGAAGGACUCACUCCCCUGCUCUGAACCCCUGAAAUAUAACUUCGCUCCCAGCACCGCCCUCAACAAAACAGCUCGGCCCUUUGGGGCUGGCUCACCUCCGAACCCACGGCCCGGGCUGGUGACGAAACCCGUGACGUACGCGCCCCUGGCGCCCGCCUGCACCCCCCAGCACAACGGGCAGCCCCCACAGCCAGUGGAGCCCCCCAGCACUCCUGGUAAUCCUGGGAAGCUGCGGAUGUUGGAGGACUCUGAGGACUGGCAGCCCCGCACCGGCACCUCCCAGUCCCGCUCCUUCCGCAAACUGGCCCAGCUGACGGGCACAGAUGCCAUGGAGGAUGGUGAGGAUGAGAUUGUUAAAAAGCCCAGGCUCGCGUGUCUCUGGGGCUGUGGAUGCAUAUGGGGAGGGAUGAGCUGGCCAAACACUGAGGGUUGUGUCACCAUUGUUUCUGAUACCACAGGGAUGCCYGUGGGUCCAGCUGGGGCACGGGGCAGCAGCGGUGAGUGCCAGGGUCAGGCAGAGGUGUUGGCAUGUGCCAGGACACCUUUGGGGAUGCUUCCCUGUUCCAGAGCACGGUCUUAUCUUGGUGCUGAGCUCCUGCCCUCUGUCACUCGCAGGCAGCCCCCCCAGCUGCUGGARCCCCCYGGUGACUGUGUGUGUGACCCUGUGAAGCUGCGGAUGUUAGAGAACAUUGAUGACUCAAAGCCCCACACUUGGACGUCCCAGUCCCGCUCCUUCCGCAAACUGGCCCGGAUGGUGGGCGCAAGCAGCAUGGACGAUGGUGAGGAUGAGCCCGUUAAAAACCCCAGGGAUUCCCGUGGGCCCAGCUGGGGCGCAGUGGAGCAGCGGCAGCCAGUGGAGCCCCCCAGCACUCCUGGUGAUCCUGGGAAGCUGCGGAUGUUGGAGGAUGCUGAGGGCUGGCAGCCCCGCACSGGCACCUCCCAGUCCCGCUCCUUCCGCAAACUGGCCCAGCUGACGGGCACAGAUGCCAUGGAGGAUGGUGAGGAUGAGAUUGUUAAACAGCCCAGGGAUGCCCGUGGGUCCAGCUGGGGCACAGUGGAGCAGCGACAGCCCCCGCAGCCSCUGGAGCCCCCCAGCACCCCUGGGUGCAGCCCCGGGAAGCUGCGACUGAUAGAGGACGCUGAGGACUGGCAGCCCCGCACCGGCACCUCCCAGUCCCGCACCUUCCGCAAGCUGGCCCAGCUGACGGGCACAGACAGCAUGGAGGAUCAUGAUGAUGUGUUUGUUAGGAAGCCCAGCCAGGUCUCUGUGCCGGACCCGUCCCCAGGAGCAACRAUGAAGACUGAGCCAGGACUGGCCCCCAGGACACCCAGUGCCACCCCCAGCCCUACCAGCCGUCCACCCUGGGCUGUGGACCCCUCGUUUGCUGAGCGCUAYGCCCCGGACAAGACGAGCACGGUGGUGAGCAAGCACAGCCAGCCGGCCACACCRACCCCCAUGCAGAACCGCAGCUCCAUCAUGCAGGCAGCCCAGCAAGCCCCCGAGGGGCCYGGCCGCACCCCGCUCUGCUACAAGUGCAACAAGGUCAUCAGGGGACGGUACCUGGUGGCRCUGGGACAUUAUUACCACCCCGAGGAGUUCAUCUGCUGCCAGUGCAGGAAGGUGCUGGAUGAGGGCGGCUUCUUUGAGGAGAAAGGCUCCAUCUUCUGCCCCAAGUGCUACGACACGCGCUACGCACCCAGCUGCGCCAAGUGCAAGAAGAAGAUCACUGGGGAGGUGAUGCACGCACUGAAGAUGACCUGGCACGUCCAGUGCUUCACCUGCAACGCCUGCAAAACGCCCAUCCGCAACCGAGCCUUCUACAUGGAGGAGGGGCAGCCCUACUGCGAGAGAGACUAUGAGAAGAUGUUUGGCACCAAAUGCCGCGGCUGUGACUUCAAGAUUGAUGCUGGGGACCGCUUCCUGGAGGCGCUGGGGUUCAGCUGGCACGACACUUGUUUCGUCUGUGCGAUCUGCCAGACCAACCUGGAAGGGAAGACRUUCUACUCCAAGAAGGACAAGCCUCUGUGCAAGAGCCAUGCUUUCUCCCAUGUGUGAGGGGUGGAAGUUCAGCUGUGYCCACGCGUGCCCUUGGCCCUGCAUGCUCCUCUCCCCCUGCCCUGCUGUCCCAAGGGAGCCAGGCGGGGCCCUUGGUCCUUUGCCUUGCUCCUGUCUCCUUCCUGGCAGCUCCUGGCUCAACUCCAGCCAGAGACCGUGCUGGGUUCAGAGCCCCUUAUAGCUGGGUGGCUUUUUAUAUGCUUCUCGACUGGCCCUAGGAGCCCUGGAAGGGGGUGCUGCUUGGAUCUCCUGCCCCUGUGCCCUGCAGCAUGGUGGGCACAACCAUGCUGAGGCUGGAAUUGGAGGGGYCUGCCACAGCCAGGCUGCUCCCUUGCUGCCUGACAGCUCAGUGCCGGGGCAGGGAUGCUCCUUACACAUCCCUGAGUGGGUGAGGACCAGCCUCUGUCACCCUGUCCCCCACCAUUCCUGCUGUGUGCUUGGGGCUGGAGACCUUGCCCUGCUCCCCUGCUGGGGCCCUGCCAUGACAACCCCCAGUCCCCCCUGACAUUGCUGCAGUGGCUUCCUGCCCCAGCUGCAUUCCGGGGGGCUCYGUUCCUCGUGCCCCCCUCCCCGCUGGCCCACUGCUCCCCUGGGGCUGGCGGCGUGUGCUGAUGGCCAGCCCAGCUGGACAGCUGCUCCUGCAAGGCUUGGGCACGGCUUCCUACCAAAGAGCUCUCUGCCACUGCMAUCCUGGCCCAUCGAUGCCUCCCCACAACCCACACCCACCGGUCAGGCUGCACUGAUGUAGCCACGGUGCUUUUAGUGCCUUUAAUAAACACUUUUCUGCAAGUGCCGGCUGUCUCCAGCCC